ACCCGCGGCGCGGACGCCGGAGUGGGGGCCGGGUUGAGCGCUCCGCGGACGUGCUCGAUCCGCGCGGCUCGGCUACAUUGGCCCUUGCGGCUGCCUAGGCGUCUCGGCUGGUCGGUGCACGGCCUCGGCGAGGAUGCGGCUGUUCUGCUGGCUGCUGAAGCAGCCGGUGCCUAAGCAGAUCGAGCGUUACUCGCGUUUCUCGCCAUCGCCGCUCUCCAUCAAGCAGUUCCUGGACUUCGGGAGAGAUAAUGCGUGUGAGAAAACUUCAUAUAUGUUCCUCCGAAAGGAGCUUCCUGUCCGACUGGCUAACACGAUGAGAGAAGUUAAUCUUCUGCCGGAUAACUUGCUUAACCGCCCUUCCGUGGGGUUGGUGCAGAACUGGUAUAUGCAGAGUUUCCUUGAACUCCUAGAAUAUGAAAAUAAGAGCCCUGAGGAUCCACAGGUCUUGGAUAACUUUCUACAAGUUCUGAUUAACGUCAGAAAUAGACACAAUGAUGUGGUUCCUACAAUGGCACAAGGAGUGAUUGAAUACAAGGAGAAAUUUGGGUUUGAUCCAUUUGUUAGCAGUAACAUCCAGUAUUUUCUGGAUCGGUUCUACACCAACCGCAUCUCUUUCCGCAUGCUUAUUAACCAGCACACCCUUCUGUUUGGUGGUGAUACUAAUCCGGUCCAUCCUAAACACAUUGGAAGUAUUGAUCCCACCUGUAAUGUAGCUGAUGUCGUGAAAGAUGCCUAUGAAACUGCCAAGAUGCUGUGUGAGCAGUAUUACCUGGUCGCCCCAGAGCUGGAAGUUGAAGAAUUUAAUGCCAAAGCUCCAAACAAACCUAUCCAGGUCGUUUACGUGCCCUCUCAUCUGUUUCACAUGCUGUUUGAGUUGUUCAAGAACUCAAUGAGGGCGACAGUUGAACUCUACGAAGACAGGAAGGAAGGCUACCCGUCUGUUAAAACCCUGGUUACUCUGGGUAAAGAAGACCUGUCCAUCAAGAUAAGUGACCUAGGUGGUGGCGUCCCACUUCGAAAAAUAGACCGUCUUUUUAACUACAUGUAUUCAACUGCUCCUAGACCUAGCCUGGAGCCCACACAAGCUGCCCCUCUGGCCGGAUUUGGUUAUGGCUUGCCAAUUUCUCGCCUUUACGCCAGAUAUUUUCAGGGAGAUCUGAAACUCUAUUCCAUGGAAGGGGUCGGUACCGACGCCGUCAUUUAUCUGAAGGCACUUUCGAGUGAAUCAUUUGAGAGACUUCCAGUUUUUAAUAAGUCUGCCUGGCGUCACUACAAGACCAGCCCUGAAGCUGACGACUGGAGCAAUCCCAGCAGAGAACCUAGGGAUGCUUCAAAAUAUAAGGCGAAACAGGACAAGAUCAAGACCAAUAGAACUUUGUAGAGAACGGAAUGCCUCUGUCCUCUCUGUGAAGAAAGAUCGUCUUCUGCAAGUCAACCAGAGAGAACUCUGUUCCUUUACCAACUCUGAGCAAGGCACAUAGUCACCACAGUGCUUGAAUGUCUCAUUUUCUCUACAUGAAAUGGACCUUUUCCAGAAAAGCCUUCCUUUUGCCGCUCCAGAUCUUCACUAAAGUAGCACCUUGAGCAAUUUUUCAUAGUAUGUUGCUGUGAUUCGGUGGCGCCUGGCCUGAGAGAGCGCAGCGCCUCCUUCGCGCUCUGGUGUCCUCACACCUCCCUCCUCAUUGUCAUAGAGUCGAGAGCGUCUACUUUGUCCCCAGGAUUCUAAGCUCUUUCCUCAUUCCAGAUGCAGCCAGUCUCUACGGUUGCUCUUUGUGACCAAAUACCAUGUUUUUCCAAACCACUGACUAAGGCCUGGGGAAUCUGGGAGUUGAAGACCCCGGCAGAGUGCGUCAUGAUGAUUGAGUCCUGGGGCCCUUUGCCUCUCAUAUGCGUCCUUUUUCACUGUGUGAUUUUGACUUUGGCCUUCUUCUGUUUGAUCUGAGUGAGGUGUGGCUACUUUCAUGUUAGAUCUUACUCUUUGAUGCGUUGAUUUUAUUUUAAAAUUCAUUUGUGUACUUCCAUUCUGUCAAUUAAAGCGUUCCAAAAAUUGU